AUGUCGGACUGUCUCCCACCAGAGAUUGUCACCGACAUCCUCUCACGACUGCCGGUGAAGUCGCUCAUGAGAUUCACGUGCGUUUCAAAGAACCCAUCCAUUCAGAAAGCCAUAUCCCUUCCCCGGUCUAAUCAUGGAUUCGAAAGUUCGUUAAACCAAUAUGUUGGCUUUGGGUAUGAGCCCACGACGGAUGAUUACAAAUUUGUGAGGCUUGUGUGUCCAGACACUGAUUAUUCUUGUUUAAACAGAAUCAAACCUGUUCCACCUUUCGUUGAUAUUUAUACGUUGGCUGAGAUUUAUACGCAUCGAAUCGGCACAUGGCGCUCUAUUACGGCCCUCGCUCGUCCCUACGUCGCCAAGAUGCGGUGGUCAUCGGUUUUUGUGAGUGGGGCACUCCACUGGGCCGCACACACUCCACGGCGCCAGGGCGGUUUUCUCAAUGUUAUCCUGUGCUUUAAUAUGAAAGAUGAGACAUUUGGUGAAGUGGGUAUGCCUAAGAGUUUACAAGGGCUGGAAGGCUUGUACGUUUCUCUGUUAUUACUUGAUGGGUUGCUUGCUCUUAUCCCUCAUAACGUAUAUUAUGGCUACGAUAAUGCGUCUCACGGUGUGUGGAUGAUGAAAGAGUAUGGAGUGGUGGAAUCUUGGACUAAUCUGUUUGAUGUUCAAAUUGCGUUAUUUCACAAGAUGUUAGGCUUUACAAAGAGUGGUGAACUGCUUGUUAUCAAGGCUGAAAGAUUUGAUGCCAUUGUUAUUCUGCCUUUGUGCUACAAGUUCCUUGUCUUUUUGCAAGAGGCUAUACUGAUGUUCAGCAUGGAGCUGGUUGCUCUUUUAGUUGGUUCUGGUAGCUGGUACUUAUCGGCUAUUGUUGAAAUAGAGAAAUCUGAUGGGAUAUCUAUCUUUUCAGGCACAGUUGCAGACAACAUACGAUAUGGAGUGCAAUUUAGAGGGAAGAAGCUAAGUGAUGAGGAGAUUUACAAGUUGCCAAGUCUUUGA